AUGGAUCGAAUGGAAGAAACUGCUCGCGCAUCCCCAGGCAACGACUCGCAAGGAAAGGUGGCGAUGGUCAAACAAGAAGGAGACGAGGAUCCUUGCAAGCCUCUCGCGGCGACAGCAACUCGCAAGGUCAUCCUACAGAAAGUUGCUCGCAGGCGUUUUACCAUCCGUCAAAAUUCUGUGCGGCGCUUCCGAGCUGGCAGGGCUGCGCUCCUCGAGGUGGAUGGAUUUUGGAAGAAAUCAAACGUAGUCAUUGGCAAGACGGCCUUCGUUAGACUUUGCCAGUCUGUUGCCUCUGAGAUUGGCGGUCGUCGCCUUCGCUUUGAGGGGGCUGCAACUGACGCGAUCCAAGAAGCAUGCGAAGCCUUCCUCAUCAAUUACUUCACCGCCCUUAAUCUUAUUGCGAAUCGCGCAAACCGUGACACGGUCAUGACCACCGACGCCGCACUUUUGAAGCAGUCGAUGAACGUCCUCGAGCCGACUCCGAACGAAAAACCUACAAGCAAUUAG